AUGUUUUUUCAGAGUCUUGAGCGUUUGCUCAUAAAAGUUGAGCAAGCACCUUCAAGGCGCAUUCGAGAUGCACUCUUACCUAUCUUGAAGUCUUUGAUCUCAAGUGCUCUCUUAAGGCACUCAAAUACGGAUGUGAGGGUUUCAUUUGCGUCUUGCUUUAGCGAGAUCACAAGAAUCACAGCACCUGGUGCUCCUUACAGUGAUGAACCCAUGAAGGAACUGUUUCAGUUAAUUGUUGAAGCUUUUCAGCACUUAACUCAUCCAUCAGGUCCCUAUUAUAAGAAGGCAGUUUCAAUUCUUAACACUGCUGCAAUGGUCAGAUCAUGCUUGGUAAUGCUGGACUUAGGGGUGGAUCAACUGAUUCUGGAUAUGUUCCAACACUUCCUGACAAUUGUAAGGUCCAACCAUGCACCUGAUAUACUACUGGCUAUGGAAACCGUUAUGACCCUGGUGAUAGACGAAAGUGAGGAGAUGUCUCUAGCUAUUCUCACUCCUCUACUAGCUAGCAGUAUAUAUCCUUACGAGUGGAAGCUUGGCGAAAAAGUUAUGACUAAUUGUGCUGCUAAACUUAAAACUCGUCUCAAGGAAGCUGUGCAGUCUCUAGGCAUAGCUUUGGAUGAUUAUGCCUCAAUAGUAGCUGAUAUCUGCCAAGAUAGGGCCCACCCACCUCAGCACAAUCAUCUCAUAAAGUGUUUGGUGACUGGUGGACAAGUUAACAAUGGUGGGUCUGAUGUCAAGUUGGAUAGUGGGCAAACUUGUAUUCCAAGGAAACGGGGUAGAAAGCCAAAGUCUUUAAUGAAAUCUGAAGAAGGUUAUGAUCAGCAGGCAAGGAUUCAAAGUGAAAAAAGGCCUCGUGGCAGGCCAAGGAAGAAUGAGACAACUGUUCUUAGCACCCCUGAAACCAACCAGAAGAGGAAACGCACUCCAACAGGAAAGGCUACUCGAGCCCCUGACGGUCUAGUCGAGGGACUGAUUGGUAAGAGCAUCAGAGUAUGGUGGCCACAAGAUCGAAGGUUUUAUGAAGGAGUAGUGCACAGCUAUGAUCCAAGUCGCCAGAGGCACCUGGUUUUGUAUGUUGAUGGUGAUAAGGAGAUUCUGAACUUGAGGAAGGAAAGAUGGGAGCUACUUGAAUGCGACGAGAAAUCAAUUGAUACUGUCAAGGAAGCACCAUCGUGUUGGAUACAAGACGCGGUUGCAGAAGAGAAAGUCCAGGGGCUAGUAGUGGCGGCAGCAGCUCCAGAAGCAGCCUAACAGAAGCAAGAAGCAGACAACGUGCUGUGCAUUCCAGCAUCGGAUGGUUAGGCGUGAAAGAGAGAAAUUUUGGGUUAAGUAAAGAUGUCUAGACAGAAGAGUGCAAAAGAGAGUACUGGUUUUUCUUUCCUGACUUUCCUUUUGAGACUCAGUCAAGCCCAUUUCGAUUGAAGUAUUUUUGUAGAUAUGUAGCUGCCAUAGAUAGAUAGAAGGUAAAAGAGAAAGAGUUGAGUUUGGCGCCAUUAGUGAUGAGGAAGUUAGGAGUGGCUUAAUGCGGGGAAAAGGGGUUUUGCUUGUUUUAGACAUACUAGGAUAGUGGAGCCGCGCUACGCAGCGGCUUUGGGCUGGUUUUUGGUAGUUUUUUGCUAGCCCAUCUAAAUCGUCUCCAUGGGUAGCUAAUGUUUUUUGUUCUGUUUCGUCAAUACCCCUUUGAUAGCUCUAGGUUUGUACCACCACAGCGGCUCUCUCUGCUACUCAUGCAUCUCCCAAUCUCCUCUAUACAGGUGAAAUAGAAACUACCCAUGGAUUUUGUCUUUCUUUCAAUCUAUCUAUCCAUAUAUCUACAUCCUUGCAUC